AAUGAAGCAUCAUCACCUAAUGUAGCCCCCACCCCCUGCUGCAAGUUAAGCAUUGUCCUAUACACACAUGGCACAUGCAGUAUUUUUAACACAUGGAUUCUUGAGGGCACAAACAGCAACUGAACUCACGUAAAUAAAGAAGAUCCAGUCACUUGGAAUCAUCCAGCUUUGUUUGCGAAGUGUCUUCUUGCCUUGGGAGUUUGCUUUUCAGGAAGUAAGAGCACCAUCAGUCCUGGCAGUCCUUGCCUUGAGGAACGGAAAAGUGAUUCUUUGGCUUUCUUAGGGGCAGCCUUGAAACACAGAUGGAGGGGCAGCCGUUAGCUGGCCCAGAAGCAGGAAAAGGCCCUGGUGCUGUCUGGACGAGGAGCAGAGGGGAGUCCUGGGAAAGGACUGUGCAGAAGAUCCUGACUGAGGAACCCAUCAGCUCAGAUGUACAGCGCCAGCGCUUCAGGCAGUUCCAGUACCAGGAAGCCAAGGGGCCUCGAGAGGUCUGCAGCCACCUCCGUGACCUUUGUUGUGAAUGGCUAAAGCCAAAACAACACACCAAGAAGCAGAUGCUGGACCUGGUGAUCCUGGAGCAGUUCCUGACCAUCCUGCCCCCGGAGAUGGAGAGCUGGGUCAGAGAAUGUGGGCCAGAGACCAGUUUCCAGGCAGUAGCCCUGGCAGAAGGUUUCCUCUUGAACCAGACAGAAGACAGGAAGCAGAUACCAUUCACAGAUGUGGCCACUGAUUUCCCUGAGGCAGUGAAGACUCCAUUGGACACCAGACAGAUGCCGCUGUUCUGGGAGAUCGUGCAUGAAGGUGAUAGAGGUGCCACUUCGCUAGGUCAUGCCGCUCUCCCUUUUGCUGGAAUGGAAACAGUUGCUGUGGAGUCUGAUCAGGGUUGGGUGUCCUUUGAGGAGGUGGCUGUGCAUUUCUCUGAGGAGGAAUGGGCCCUGCUUGAUGGAAGCCAAAGAGCUUUACACAAAGAAGUCAUGCUGGAGAACUAUGGGAAUGUGGCCUCUCUGGGUGAUGGAUGGAAGAGACCAUCUAAAUGUUUGGAGUCUGGAAAGAGCUUCUUUGGGAAGCAAGACCUUACUUCACAACAAGGAUCUCAUGCAUAUAAAUGCUUGGACUGUGGAAAGAGCUUCCAUAUGAUGCAAGAUCUUUUUUCACAUCAACAAAUACACACAGGGGAGAAACCCUACAAAUGCCUAGAUUGUGGAAAGAGCUUCUGUUCAAAACAAGACCUGACUUUGCAUCAAAGAAUCCACAUAGAGGAGAAACCAUAUAAAUGCUUGGAGUGUGGAAAGAAGUUUUGUAUGAUGCAAGACCUUUUUUCACAUCAACAAAUCCACACAGGAGAGAAACCCUACAAAUGCUUGGAAUGUGGAAAGAGUUUCAGUCGAAGGAAAAACCUUACUUCACAUCUACGAAUCCACACAGGGGAGAAACCGUAUAAUUGCUUGGAGUGUGGGAAGAGCUUCAGCUGGAAGCAAGCACUUAUUUCCCAUGAACGAACUCACACAAGAGAGAAACCAUGUAACUGCUCAGCAUGUGCCAAGAGCUUUUAGUAUAAAUCAAGCUUUGAUGAUCACCAAAGAAUCCACACAGGAGAGAGGACAUAUAGAUACUUGGAAUGUGGAAAGAGUUUUGUCAGCAGCAAAAGCCUCAUGAAAUCCACAGGAGAGCCAAAAAAUGCAUGGAAUGUAGAAAGAGCUUCCAUGUUAGCACAACCUUAAGUUCAUAUUGGAGAAUCCACAUAGGAGGGAAAUAAUAUAAAUACUUGGGGUGUUAAAAGAGCAUCAGUUGGAACCCACUGGUUGACAUCCAGACUAACACUGCCCUAGUGGAAAUAACAUACAGCCUGUGGGCCAAUUCUGACAUGCAGGGACUUUUUCUGCUAACCUGCAUGGGCAGUGCCUGGGGUCAAGGAAGUUGAUCAGCCAGCUGGUUGAUUGUCCAGCCAGGGUGGCUGUGGCUCCUGAUCUUGUUACGGCCCAGCUCCUUUUCAAACCUCUUCCCCCUCAGAAACACAAAGCUGUGAAAUGGCUGAUCAGAAAAUAAUGUUUUAGACACCUUUCUCCCUUAAAAUAUGUUGUUUUCUAGGUGUUUUGCAGUAAGGGGCGUGCACUGGUGCGCCAUCUCAGCUUCUUUUCAUACCCCUUCCCUCUCAAAAACACAAAGCUGUGAAAUGGCUGGUGAGGAAACAAGAGGUUUACACACCUUUCCCUUCCAAAGCCAAAGGGAUUGUGACUGUCUGGAGUAUUCACCAAACUGAUAAAUCUCCCACUCUUUUUGUUCAAGCCCUCCUCCUCCACUCACACCAGAGUUCCAUUACCUUUGUCCACCUGCUUGUCUGUUAACUAUCUGAGUUCUUGAACAUUCAUUCCCCUUGACUAACAUGGGGCAGUUUAGGGUGAUUCCCCCCACCUUAGGGUCUUUUCUGAACAUGAACAUAUUUUUAGGUCACCCAGAGUCUGCCACUACCUCCUACUUUCAUGCAGGCACUCUGGUAGGGAUGUGCACGAACCACGGUUUGAGCACAUUUCGGGAGUGAGACCCGGGAGCUUUAGGAAAGAGGAGAGUAGGUCCUUUCCUGCUAUGUGUGUAAUAUCCUUUCCAUGUGUGUGCUGGUGCUGCAUAGGGCUUCUUGGGACCUCCACUGCCACAGCAGGAAUAUGCAUGGGGCAGCGGAGAGCAAGUAAGGACAUGCGCUCCUCUUUCUUAAAGCUCCCAGGCCCCGCUUCUGAAAUGUGCUCAACCAUGUUGCUCAACCAUGGUUCGAAAUGUGCUCAACCAUGUGCUCAACCAUGGUUCGAAUUCGUGCACAUUGCUACUGUUCACUGUCCAUAAGACCCCCAAAUUUCUGCGUUUUUGGAAAAAUAAUUUAUAGAUUUUAGCGAGGAGAAAAGUCAUAUUAACCUAUAGCAGACUCACUAAGCAAGGAGAUUUCACAUGAACCAUAAAUAUGGACAAAUGUAUUGUGGUGUGAACUUGUAUAGAACUAGUGGGAGAGGCCUGUCGUUGACUGGCAGAGUCAUUUUGUGUGGGUUACACUUCUAGGAAAGUUUAAGCAAUUAAAUAUAUGUAAUAGUUUUUUUUAAUUAAUGUGCUUGAGAAAAGGAAGUAAAAGAAGAGUUUGAAAUUUGUAGGCUUUCAAUUUAAAAUACUAUUCAUUUUAUUGUAUAAUGACCAUAUAUGGCACAUUUGAAUCCUAGUUAAUUUGAAUCUGAGAAAGUUCUUCUGCUUUUCUUGGUUCUUCUGCAGAAAGUUAUUUUGCUUUUUCAUUUUUCAAAAUGUUGUUUUGGAAUUAUUGAACUGAUUGUAUUUAAAAAUCUGUUGGACAAUAACAGUUAAAAUAUGAUAAUUAAUUCAGAAUUCCUGCUUUUUUAAAAAAGUUACGUGUUUCCUCAAGCAUA